CUUUUUGUUAUUGCCCCGCUACGGAGCUGGUCAUUUCGCGAGCAGAGAAGAAAAUGGCGCUAGCCCUUAUUCUGUAGCGGUCUUGCUUAAUUAACGAAGGACAUUUUAGAAUGAAGGUUUAGACAACCUAGUGUAAACGUUUCCACAAUGUGUAUUCUUUCUCUCGGAACCUCCUUUCUUGGAAACUGCCGGGGGCUGUUCGCUCAGCCGUGAAGGAAUGUAUAGUUGUUUCGGGGAGAUUUUUCUAAAGUUCAUCGCGUGUUGUAUUUUUGUUUAUUUCUUCCAGAAAAUUCUGCACAUUUUAGCAGUAACUGAAAUUUCCUAGUGCCAUCGAAAUAUUGGCCAAUUGGCAUUGCUGUAAACGCUCAAAACAUUCUCUCUUUUGGGGCAGCUACGUUGGGUUUUAGCUACAGGAACGUAUGCAUGUCGGUCUGCGAUAUAUAGAUAGAUUUGAUAGAUAGUAAAUGUUGCGAGUUCCUUUGUGGCAAAAGGAGAAUACCUGGUUAACUUACUGAUUCAUUAUUUUGCAACAUACCAAUUUAUUUAACUGUAAUUCAAUUUAUUACCGUCUAGUUUGCUCUUCUUUCUAAAAUCACGCCUUUUCCUCUAAUAAAAGAUGUCUCUAGCAUUAGUUUGUCUACUUUAAUUACUUGUACGAUUUCGUCUGUGCCCUCGCAUAUACUUUUUCCCCUCACGUUUUCUUCCACCGCCCCAUCGCUUUAACCGCCGGAUUCUUGGCAAAUCCGCCCUAGUUGGUACGCGCCAUAAUAUAGGAAGCAAGCAAGCAAGCAAGCGAGCCUCAUCAACAUCAUUAGCGUUUUGUGGCGAACCCCUCCCUCCUCCCUCCUCAUGAGCACGCGCCACAAGUACAAAGAAGAAGAAGAAGAAGGUUACGGUGAGGGCCAGCAGUCGGUUCACGAUAGCUGAAUGGGAAGUCAGGCGUCUUGGGCCAUGCGAGCAGAGCCCAGAAGCAAGGCUCCUAAGCCGCCGUGGAAGAGCGCGAAGACCGCAGAAACGGGCAGCAAGGGCAAGGCGCCACCCAAGACCCCGGAGUCCGUGAAGGUGCCCGCGAAACCCAGGAAGUCGACGCUCGACCGAUCGAAAAGCUCGAGGCAGCAGCGGGACCCCAAACUUGGGAAGCCGCGAGCAGAAGUGGCCCCUUCGUGGUCUGCCGAGCAGCGCGGUGCGGUUCGCGAGGAAGCAGCUUGCGAACGAGACAAGGGCCACUCGGGGCAGACAUGGGCAAGUCCCUGGUGGAGAACUGGCAUCUGGUUCCGCGGGCUGCUCUGUCCGACCCGACAGCCAGUCAGGCGUCGAGCGCCAUCGAGAAGCUCCGGCUAUACGUGCUCCAAAACGGCAGCGUGCCGCAGGGACCCGACCUGUCCCUGUUGCCGUGCGCGUUCAGCUUCCCCUACUUCGAUGCGAUGGCCCCGGCCGCCUUCAACUACGCUGGUGUGGGUAGCCUUGUCGCACAGGGGCUCAGCGAGCUGUUCCUGGACGCGCAGUCCAAGUCGAAAGCGGACUCCGCCCUCGAAACGUACCGGGAGUGCAUGCGAGACAUCUCUUCGUCUUCGCUCGAACGUAGCAACCGGGCUCUAUACAUGGAUCCUGUCUCCCUGAAAACGAGCCUGGACGCGUACCGUUCGAGUGGAGGCGCGUCCAGCUACAAUCCUGUCCAGGGCCUGGAGUUCCUCUCUCCAGAGCAGUUGUUCUUCGUGGCCGCGUGUUUCACGCGCUGCGUCGGCGGCGACGCACGGUCAGGCGGCUUCACGCAUGCGCAGUGCGACGCCACCUUUAAGCACGUCGACGAGUUCGCCCGCGCAUUCCGGUGCCCUCCCGAGUCGCCCAUGAACCCGGAGCAGAGGUGCAAGCUGUUCCGACAGAGUGGCACCGGUGACUACAACGAAUAUGCCUUUGAGCAAAAAUGAAUCACCAUUUGUGUACUUGUGACAAACUUCCGUUUUAAGUGCCAUCUUCGGCACACCUUGUGCUGUGAAGAACAUAACGUCGCGCGAAAUCAAUUUUUUUGUAGGAUCGUUAGGUCUUGUGGUGUUUCGGAGAAACUAGUUUAAGCCUUAUGCAGUGGGCCGGGCGGAGCACAGACUUCAGGAAGACGUCUAUGCUAUGAUGAACAUUGUCGCUUGCACUGGUAUGUUUUCUUAACUUUACUUUUUACACAGAUAGUGAACUACGUAAGGAAUGAUUGAUGGACCUUUCAGAUUUUGUACUAUGAAAGAAUGUUUCUCGUCAUUGCUCGUUUUUUUACUAAUUACAAGCGCCGAUGCGAAAUGACCGAAUUCAACAGGCCGCCUCCUAACUCAGUGCUUAGAGCCUCUCAAUCUGAGCUGAGACGAGAAAUGCCUUACAUCGAACACGACAUAGUUGGAACUGCGUGUGUGAUUUCGAGUAAAUUAUGCGCGAAUGUAUAAUUUGCA